UAUCCUUUCUUAUAUAAGGCUUGGGAAAAAUAUGAGAAUUUUGAUAAAUCUAUAAAUGAAGAUGAUAAAAGCAAGGGUAUAUAUAAGGUUGUAUGCGAAACUAUUAUAAAUAAAUUAGGGCGUGAUGUAAAUAAGCAUAAAUCUUACUGUAUGAAACUUAUCAGAAAUUUAGGACAUCAUUCGUAUGGUACCCCCUAUUUCAGUCCUAAAUUUGAGCAUUGUCAUAUUCUAUAUAAUUGGAUAUAUAAUACAAUAGAGAAUUCUGGAACUACAAAUGAUCUUAUUCGUAAAUAUUUUAACGAUUAUAUUAAUCAAACUUAUAGACGAAUAGGGUCUUAUAAAUGUUCAUAUGAUUCGUUCGACAGUACAUACUUAGAACCAAAGAAAAUAACAAUUUUAAAAAUUUUUGAUGACAACAUCAGGGAUAUAACUCAUGAAUUGAAUGAAAAGGGCAGAACAAUUGACUCUCCUUCAAGAAAUUUUGUAUGUGAAUGCGUUAACAUAUAUAAAAAUAUAUAUCAGGAAUACUGUAAUGGUGAAUAUGCAAGUAAUACAAAAAGCGAAAAAACUUGCGACAUGUUAGAAAAAUUUAGGAGAUCAUAUAUGGAAUUUUUUUAUAAUAAUAUAGUCAAAAAAUAUGAAAUACCAUCCUUAUAUAAUGUAGACCAUGAAUAUUCGAGUAAAUGUACAUCGAAAGCAAAAACAUUAAAAAGAGUUACUGUUAGUGAAGGAAGUAAAGAUAUAUUUUCAGAGCCAACGAAAGUUCUUAGUGAAUUUACAAAUACAAUUCCACUUCCAAUGAGAGUUCCUAAUGAAAUUUCAGAUAGCCAAUUGCCUACAACAAAAGAUUCUGAUGAAAAUGCAGAUAUUUCUACGCAUGAAAGCGAUGUUUUAGAUAAAAACACCGGUAGCGAUUCACCUUCAAGCGUAGGUUUUGAUCAAAUUGCAAAAAGAUUAUUAGAUUCAAGGGAUGAUAUUGAUGGAAUUACAGUUGGUUCUAUAUUACCUUCUGUAUCCACAGCUGCUGUAACCAUGAGUGAUGAAUCUCAUAGCACAGAUAGUUCUGGCCGGUCAACUACAACAACAGCUCUUUCUACCGUGGUUGCAGUAUCUUCCGCAUUAGCUUUAUUAUAUAAGGUAUAA